AUGUCUAUCUAUCUAUCUCUUAUUUUCUUUCGUUCGUUCUUUCUAUCUGUCUAUCUAUCUCGUUUCUACCUAUAUAUCUACCUAUCUAUCUACUUAUCUAUCUCGUUUCUAUCUAUCUAUCUAUCUAUCUCGUUUUUUUUUAAUGUAAUAGUUUUAAGAUCACCUUUUCUUCCUCUAUUUCACACUCCACUUCGUUCUUUCACUGUUUCACAUCCUCUUUUUUCUUUCCAGUUUGUCACCCUCGUUUUUCUUUCUCUAUUUUCCCAGUCCCCUUUCUUUCUUUACUUUCUUUCUCUAUUUCCCACUCCCCUUCUUUCUUUAUUUCCCACUCCCCAUCUUUCCUUCUUUACCACCCCUUCUGUAUUUCCCUGUUUACAACAUCCCUCUUUUAUUCCAAUGUUCCAUAAUUCAUUUCGUUCCUUCCCAGUUUCCCCCUCCCCCUUUUCUCUACCUUUUUUCCCAAGAUUCUUUUCUUUCUUUCCACGUUUUUCGCUUUCUUACUUUCUUUCACUGUUUGCCACUCCCCUUCUCUCUUACCCUGUUUCUACUAACUUUUUCUUAUCCUAUUUCUCACUCCCCUUCAUUCUUUCCUUGUUUACCACCCUCUUUAUUUCCGUGUUUCCUCCCACUUCUUUCUUUCACUGUUUCCCACUUUUCUUCUGUUUUUCCUUUGUUUCCGACUUCCUCUCUUUUUUUCUGUUUAUCACUUCUGUUAUUUAUUUUCAUAUAUCCCACUUCUCUUUCUUUCACUUUCCUUUUAUUACUCAUCCCUUCCUUCUUUUUUCAACUACCCUUUUUUUCUCCCCCUGUUUUUUUUUACCCGCAUUUUUCAAUCCCUGUUUUCCGCUCACCUUUUUCUUUCAGUUUCCCAUUCCCCUUUUUUUCUCUCCCAUUUUCGCACUUUCUCUCUUUCCCUGGAUACCGUUCCAUUUAUCUUACUCUGUUUCACGCUUCCAUUCCACCUGCCCCUGUUUACGACAUUUCUACAUUCUUUUCCUGUUUCCUUCUCUUUUUCUGUCUUCCCUAUAUCUCAAUUCCUUCCUUUAUUUCCCUGUUAUCCCGCCGCCAUUCUUCUUUAUUUCUGUUUCCACUCCCAUCCUUUCUUUCUCUGUUACCAACUUUCGUUCUUUCCUUCUCUGUAUUUCGCUUGUCUUCUUUCUUUCUUUCUUUCUCUAUUUGCCGCCCCUUCCUUUCUUCCGUGCGUCUAACUUCCUUUCUUUCUUUCCUUAUUUCCACACUCUCCUUCUAUUUCCCCUUUGCAUAAUCCGCACCUUUAUUUCCCUGUUACCAACUUUCCUUCUUUUAAUUUUCUUUUUCCAAAUUCUCUCCUUUAUUACCUUGAUUUCAACUCCCUUUUCUUUCUUGUUUCCCACUCUCUUUUCUCUCCCCCUUUUCUCGUUGCCCUUCUUUCUUCUCUGUAUCAGAGUACCCUUCUUUCUAUUCUUGUUUCACACCCCUCACUUCUUCCCAUUUCUUCUUAGCCUUUCCCUAUAUUCCACUCCUCAUUCCGUUACCUAUUUCCAAGUUUCCUUCUUUCUCCUACAGUUACCACCCCCUUGUUUCUUUUUUACUAUCCUUUACUUACAGUUUUUUCUUUUCCUCUAUCCCACUCCCUUUCAUUCUUUCCGUGUUUUCCACCUUUCUUUUUUCCCCUUUUCCAACUCACCUUUUUUUGUUGUUUCUAAUUUCACUUCUUUCUUUCCGCCGUUUCUCUGUUUUCCACUUCUCUACUUUCUUUCUCUAUUUCCCACACCCCUUUUUCUUUCAAGUUUCUUCAGAGCCAAGUUUACCAAGCCAUUCGUCCACGGUAUGUCCUAG